CCGGCCCAUUAACACACCAGCCAAUGUCAUCGUGGCGCAGACUUUUCGGUGUGUGAGCUAGCAGCGCGUCCUUUCAGCCUACAUCAUCUUGUCGCCCACCGGCUGCAGCUUUCACUCUGCUCCUCGGCUCAGUGUGUGUGUAGCUUCAAAAACAUGGCGGCCCUCAAAGCGUUGUGCAGAGCGGAGAAUUUAUUCUUCAAAAACCUCUCAGGUCGCAGCAGAGCCAAAUUAAACUUGGCGUGUCUCCAAUUGAGCAAGACCUGCGGCUGUUACUUUUCUACCUCCAGCCAGCGACGUUCACGGUUCUACUCAGAUCCUACAGAGGCAGUCAAAGAUAUCCCAAAUGGAGCUACCAUUCUGGUAGGAGGCUUUGGAUUAUGUGGUAUCCCAGAAAAUCUCAUCAACAGUUUACUGAAGUCCGGUGUUAAGGGUCUCACAGCAGUCAGCAACAAUGCAGGAGUGGAUAACUUUGGCCUGGGCCUGCUGCUCCAGUCUAAGCAGAUCAAGAGGAUGAUCUCUUCAUACGUCGGGGAGAAUGUCGAGUUUGAGCGACAGUAUCUGGCCGGGGAGUUGGAAGUGGAACUCACACCACAGGGUACUCUUGCAGAGAGGAUCAGGGCUGGGGGUGCUGGCAUUCCAGGCUUCUUCACAGCCACCGGCUAUGGCACACUGAUCCAAGAGGGAGGCUCUCCUAUUAAGUACAACAAAGAUGGCACCAUUGCAAUCGCUAGUGAGAAGAGAGAGGUAAAGGAGUUCAAUGGCAGGCACUACAUCAUGGAAAAGGCCAUCACUGGAGACUUUGCGCUGAUCAAGGCAUGGAAAGCUGACAGGGCUGGAAACAUUGUUUUCAGGAAAACAGCCAGAAACUUCAACCAACCUAUGUGCAAGGCAGCCAAAACCACCAUAGUUGAGGUGGAGGAGGUGGUGGAUGUUGGGACCUUCCCCGAAGAGGACAUCCACAUACCCAGCAUCUACGUCCACAGAGUUGUCCAGGGAGCCAGCUAUGAGAAAAGGAUUGAGAAACGCACAGUAAAGAAAAGCCAAGAACAGAAGGCCAAACCAAAGAAGGACUCGGAUAUUGUUCGGGAAAGGAUCAUUCGCCGGGCUGCUCUAGAGUUUGAGGAUGGGAUGUAUGCCAACCUUGGUAUUGGUAUCCCCAUGCUGGCCAGCAACUUUAUAAAACCAGACAUCACUGUACACCUCCAAAGUGAAAAUGGAAUUUUGGGACUGGGCCCAUACCCCACUGAAGAUGCAGUGGAUGCAGACCUGAUUAAUGCUGUGGUCACAUCAACCUGACAAUGCUGGGAGCCAUGCAGGUGUCAAAACAUGGAGACCUAGCCAACUGGAUGAUUCCAGGUAAGAUGGUGAAGGGAAUGGGAGGAGCCAUGGAUUUGGUGGCUAGCGCUGGAACCAAGGUGGUGGUCACCAUGGAGCACUCAGCUAAGGGAGGAAAACACAAGAUAUUGGACAAAUGCAGCCUGCCUUUGACAGGAAAGCAAUGUGUUGAUCGGAUCAUCACAGAAAAGGCUGUGUUUGAUGUAGAUAAUACAAAAGGCCUGACUCUGAUAGAAGUGUGGGAGGGGCUCACUCCUGAGGAUAUCAAGGCAUGUACCGGCACAGAUUUUGAAGUGUCUCCCAACCUGACGGCCAUGCAGCAGAUCUAGAGGAGCUUGCAGUGGAUCUGAGAAAAACUGUUACACAGCUGGUGAUUUGGCAGCCUGAGACCGGUCAAAUGGGCUUAUAAAACACAAAUGGUUGUUUAAGUUCCCUGGUAAUCAGCAUGCAAAUAUCAGAAGGAUUUAGUCCUCACUAAUAAUAACUGAAUGGGACUCACAGGAGCUAAAAUGUAUGGUUCUUUUUUGGGAUCUGAUGUGACAUACGAUUAGGAAACAUUACAUUGUUGCCUAUUACAGCAUUAAGUUAUUCAUUUUUACUAAUGUUUGUGCAGCUAUUUCCAAAUGGAUGAUAAUCAGAAACUGAAAUUAAAAGCUGGGAAUAUAUGAUAAUGACAUGACAAUAUGAUGUCUAAGAAAAAAUGCAACUUUACUAGUACUAUGAACAAAAAUGAUACAAUAACUUGAAUGUGAAUCGUAUAAACUGUAGAUCAAUAAGUGACUGUAAUAGGAUAGAAAGAGCUGAAAUGUAAUGAAUUUAAAAAACAAAUGUCUACUGUAGGUCAGCUGAUUCUUUAAUCAGCACAUAAGGGAAUAUGUAUGUAGUUGUGUUUUGCUCCAUUUGGAAAAUGAGGCGUAUGUUUAAAAAAAUAAGGGUCUAACUGGGACAUGUUUGUAAGAAUCCCCUCUGCCACAAAGUCAAACUGUCUUUUUUCUCAUAUACGUCAGAGUUGGUCUUAUCAUACAUUUCAGCCCAUAAACGUUAAGCCUUAACAUUUUUACUCAAACCUUUGCUGUCCCUUUGCCUUUGUAUAUAAAAUAAAAUACAACCUUGUGUGCGGAGUGGAACAA